UUCUACGCUCCCGUUUUUGUUAUGUGUCGAGUGGAUGUUCCUAUCUUGUACAAUACUUAAGUUGUAUUGAAAUCAAUUUAUAUUUAGUAUAUCGUUAGUUUAAACAAUAUAUAAAUCUAUAUUACUACUCCGAAUAAAUAUAUUGUUGCUCUAUUGUUAAGAGCAAAUACGUUUCUUAAAAUUAUGGAGUCUCGGACAGAAUUUAAAAUAAAAUCUCCUCCGACCGAUGCAAUUUCGGCAGUGGAAUUCGGACCGAACUCAACGCAGUUUCUUCUUGUCUCAUCAUGGGACAGCACAGUGCGACUGUAUGAUAUUCAUGCAAAUACUAUGAGAUUAAAAUAUAAUCAUGAUUUGCCAGUUCUAGACGUUGCAUUUCAGGAUGCUGUGCACGCUUAUAGCGGAGGCUUGGGAAAUACAUUGAAAAUGUAUGAUAUCAACAGCAAUACUGAAUCAAUAAUGGGAACACAUGAUAAACCAAUUAGAAAAAUUGAAUACUGUGCUGCAGUAAAUGCAAUAUUAACUGGGGGAUGGGAUGCAGCUGUAAAACUUUGGGAUCCUAGAACACCCACUUGCGUAGGUAGUUAUUUACAACCAGAUGUUGUUCUUGCUUUAUCCGUGUGUGGAGAUAAAUUUGUAGUAGGUACAGCCAAACGAAAAGUUUGUAUUUGGGAUUUGAGAAACAUGGCUGGUAUGUUUCAAAGACGUGAAAGUAGUUUGAAGUACCAGACACGUUGCAUCAAAGGUUUUCCUAACGAGCAAGGAUAUGUUCUUAGCAGUAUAGAAGGUCGUGUCGCUGUUGAAUAUCUUGACACUACACCAGAAGCACAGAAAAAGAAAUAUGCUUUCAAAUGUCAUAGGAUUAAAGAAAAUAACGUAGAACAUAUAUAUCCAGUGAAUGCUAUUAGUUUUCAUUCAACAUAUAAUACGUUUGCAACUGGUGGUUCAGACGGUUAUGUGAAUAUUUGGGAUGGUUUUAACAAGAAGCGCUUGUGUCAAUUUCAUAGAUAUAAUGCUGGUGUUGCUGCCCUUAGUUUUAGUCACGAUGGUUCUGUACUUGCUAUAGGAGUAUCAUAUUUGAACGAAGCUGAAAUUCCUCCAGGCGGUAAAGAUGAAAUAGAAAUUUAUAUAAGAUACGUAAAUGACCAAGAAACCAAACCAAAAUAAUGUAUUUAUGUAAAAUAAUUUUUUAUAAAAUAGAUUGACAAUUUUUCAUUUAUACUCUGCUUCAUUAAAGCAGUAAAAUUGAAUGCUAAAGCCUUUUCAUAGA